AUGGUUAUUGUGCGAAUGGCUGAUACUGAUCAGCUUGAUGGUGUCGCAAUGCAGCAGGUUCCUGCAUCGAAUCACCUAUCUCUUCAGCCAGGGACGCAUCUGGCAAACAAAAGGGACGUAUGGACAUUACUCAAGAACGAGCCGAUUAUUCUGCAUUUUGACGGCCCGGGUCAUACUCGGAAAAUCGGUGGCCAAGAGCAGCUGACACAGCAACUUCUACGGAAAGUGGCUGCAAGAAUGCAUCUAUGGGUGACUCUAGUGAAAGAGGUUGUCCGUGCCGAGUUGCCGUGCUUUGAAAGUUUCCACUCCAUCACCACGCUGCUCCAGCUGGAUGAAGACCCUGGCGAUAUCCAGGAGGCAGCUGAUCGGAUGGCACAUGUGUUGAAUCUGCCAGUGGACUCUCUGAUGCAACUUGCAACUUUAACCACACAACUCUUCGAUGUCAAGCCUCUCGCAGCGGGCAUCCGAGCGCAGACCAAGAAGCCUGCACUGGAAUGCUGGGCGAGGGCUGCCGCUGCAUAUGGCAAGAAGAUGGUUUCACGCCGGCAGGCCGUGCAAGCUGCGGUAUCAUCCUCUGACGACAAGGUGCCCUCGCCACGAUGGAUGAAGCGACUGGCCGAAGACAUGUGGUCUGCUGAACACGAGCAAGAGCUCAGCUUCAACCGGCAGAAGCACCGCAAGAAGGCUAUCCUUGCUUUUCAAGCUGGCACCUACAAGCCGGAAUGCCCAAGAGAGAAAAGGAAACUUCAGAGUGAUGCCAUAGAGCACGAGAAAGCUGAAAAGAAACGACGAAAGGAACAUGUGAAGAAGAUUGCAGAGCGAACCCCAGCUCAAUCAUUUUAUUUAGUAAGAGAUUGA